AUGGACACUUCGAAACAACACUGUGUAAAAUUGAAUGACUAUCAAAUAGAACAUGUAAAAAGGUUAUUGGUUGAUAAGAUCGAUACUUUGAAUAUAAUUGAUGAAUCCCGAAAAACAAAGUUAAAACAAUUAUUGCCAAAUUAUUUAUUUGUGUUGAUCAACAAUGGAAAACGCCAAUCGGAAAUGGUUCAAAAAGUUGAGCCUAUUUUAGGCCAAGAAACAUCAUCAUUGGUGCUUUGGUUUAUUGAAGUUUUAAUACAAACAAGUUCUAAACAAAAGUAUGAGAUUGGUAUUGAAACUGAACAAGAAAAACGAGAAAGGUUAAAGGAAGAGAGGCUUCAAAAAGAAAAGGCAAGACAAUUUAAUCAAAAUUCAAAGGUGUUCGUUGCAGUACAUGGAGAAAAGGCCAUGAACAUGGUUGGGAAUUUAAUGAGCAAAAUUCCAUCAAGUUUAAGUGGUGGAGAAAAUUCGGAGGAUCAUUUAAUUAAUUAUAAUGACAAGAAGAUCAUUUCAACAGAUGAAUUACAAUUAUUGAACAAACAACAUGAAUCAAACCCAACCAAAUAUCCUCAAUACUUUUCAACAAGUGAAACAAACUCUAUCAAAAAUACUUCAAAUAUUAAUUCAUUUCUGAAUACAUCUUGGUUUGUAGUGGAGGAUGGAAUUGAGGAAUUGGAUUUAUCUGAGGAUUUAGAAUCGUCAUGCUUGCUUCAGGAAGAAAUGAUCAAAGAAAAUUUACCAAAAGAAAGUAUGAAAAGCAAAGACGAUAGAAGCAAGAGAUAUACAAUUCGAGAAGGAGGACCAAAGUCCUUCAGAAAUAAUUACAAAAACAACUCAAGCGACUAUUAUCAUCGACACUCACAGUAUAUUCGUAACAACCGUAACAAUAAUGCAACAAAUAACACCAACUACAAUGAGAAUGUGAAUACCAAUUAUUCACACUCAACUCGUCAUGAAAAUAGAGAGUAUUCCAACAAACCUAACAUUUGGUACUAUCCCUCCUCAUCGACUACCAGCCACAACAAUUCAUCCUCCAAUAUCUGCGCUAACCAACCUUAUUCUAAUAUCAACCACUAUGUAAAUCAUGCAGGUGAUAAUACAACGAACAAUCAAACAGAAAACAAUAUCCAACAAUCAUCAACAUAUGCCUAUCCUCAAAUGACUUCUUGUCCAUCAAAUUCCUACAAUUUUGAUAGUAGUUCUUCCUCUAAGCGAACGUUUGACAAUUACAACAAUGAAUCCACUGUUCACGCAAGCAAUAAUGACAACAAAAAGCGGAAAUACAAUAACCAGUCCAUUUAUCAUCAGCAACUGUAA